CUUGAGAAAGGAGGAGGCCAUUCACUAGCCUGUUUUAGCUACUGUUAGCUAGCCGAUGGCUAACGAGCAAGCUAAAACGCCAGUUUGUCUUAAUGUCGCCUGUCUUAUUAAGUGAUGGCAAGAGAACGGUGUUUACAAACCGAAGCUGAGCUGUACUUUCUUAUUGCCAGGUUUCUCCAGUCUGGACCUUGUAAAAAGUCAGCACAGAUUCUGAUUGAGGAGCUGGAGGAGUAUGAGUUGGUUCCUCAACGAUGGAGUUGGGACGGACAGAAAUACAAACGGACCUACCAAGACUGGGUGAUUUUGAACCAGCACAUUCCUGCAGACUAUCUGCUUCGUGUUUGUCAGAGAAUAGGCCCUCUCAUAGAGAAGGAGAUCCCACCUAGUGUUCCUGGAGUCCAAACACUUCUGGGCCUGGGAAGACAGUCCUUGCUUCGAACCACAAAAAGUUGUAGCCACAAAGUUUGUAGUGGCUCAGCUGCUGUUGCACUCCACCGAGGACGUCCACCAGAACCAGCAGUCAGCAUCAGCAAUGCUCCCAGUGUUGUGUCCGUCUUGGGUGCUCGCCAGGCCACAGCCACAGCUCGUUUUGCCCACGCCUUGCCAUCUUCCUCCUACCAACACAUGAAGAUCCACAAACGUAUCCUUGGUCACCUUUCCUCUGUCUACUGUGUAGCGUUUGACCGCACCGGACGUCGGAUAUUUACGGGUUCAGAUGACUGCCUGGUGAAGAUCUGGGCCACGGAUGAUGGCCGGCUCCUGUCAACACUCCGAGGUCACUCGGCAGAGAUUUGUGACAUGGCUGUCAAUCAUGAGAACACUCUCCUUGCCUCAGCCAGCUGUGACAAGGUCAUCAGAGUGUGGUGUCUACGUACCUGUGCUCCUAUCACAGUUCUGCAGGCCCAUGCCGCCUCCAUCACAUCCAUUCAGUUUUGUCCUGCUGUCAAAGGGACAACGCGAUACCUCGCUUCCACAGGUGCAGACGGCAUGGUGUGUUUCUGGAAGUGGCACUCGCUCAGCAUGAAAUUCAAUGAUCAACCAGUCAAGUUUGUUGAGCGGUCACGUCCGGGAGUUCAGGUCUCCACUUCCUCCUUCAGCAGUGGUGGAAUGUUCAUGGUUACUGGUGGCACUGAUCACAUGAUCAGAGUCUAUUACCUUGGUGCUGAAACUCCUAUGAAGGUUUCUGAGAUGGAUGCCCACACUGAUAAAGUUGUAGUUGUCCAGUUUUGCAAUAAUAGCGACAGCCUAAGGUUUGUAAGUGGCAGUCGCGAUGGCACCGUCAGAAUCUGGCAUUACCAGCAACAAGAGUGGAAGAGUGUCACUUUAGACAUGGCUGCCAGACUACCUGGGAGUGCUGUUGCCAAUGGGGACGAUAAAACGAAGUUGGUGGUGACCAUGGUGGCUUGGGACCGUGCAGAUCGCACAGUAAUCACAGCAGUGUCAAACUACCUUCUCAAAGUUUGGAGCACAACCUCUGGACAGCUGCUGUACAUUCUAUCGGGCCAUGACGAUGAAGUGUUUGUUAUGGAGGCUCACCCGUUCGACUCCCGCAUCAUGCUAUCUGCCGGUCACGAUGGCAACAUUUACAUCUGGGACCUGACCAGAGGAACCAAGAUCCGCAACUUCUUCAACAUGAUCGAAGGGCAAGGCCACGGUGCUAUUUUUGACUGCAAGUUCACCGCUGAUGGGCAACAUUUCGCCUGCACUGACUCUCAUGGCCAUUUGCUCAUCUUUGGGUUUGGCUGCAGCAAACCAUAUGAGAAGAUUCCUGACCAGAUGUUCUUUCACACGGACUACCGCCCUCUGAUUCGGGAUGCUAACAACUACGUUCUGGAUGAGCAGACACAGCAAGCCCCUCACCUCAUGCCUCCACCCUUCCUGGUGGAUGUUGAUGGUAAUCCUCACCCUCCUCACUACCAACGCCUGGUGCCAGGAAGAGAGAACUGCAAGGAAGAUCAGCUUGUACCUCAGCUAGGAUACAUGGCUAACAAUGAUGGAGAGUUGGUUGAGCAGGUACUAGGCCAGCAAACAGAAGAAAAUGGAGAAAGCCUUUUGGACAAUCUCAUCCGACAGUUACAGAACGAGCAGAAUGAGCAGUGGAAUCCAGAGCAGCAGGCUGAAGAAGGAGCUGUUGAUGCAGCAGAAGGAGAAGCAGAUUCCUCUCUGACUGCUGGACAGAGAAGAAGCAGGCAUGUGGACGGGGUGUGGCAGAUGCAGCACAACGACCUGCGUAGUCAAGUGGCUACUGAGAGGGACCUGCUGGCCUGGAGCCGCAGGGUGGUGGUCAAUGAAGUACCACAAGGGAUAUUCAGAGUUAUGGAGGAGUGCAGACAAGCCAAAGGAGUUAAGGAAUGUUCUCUAUACAACGCAGAAAGAAGGAAGAAGCCAGUAACAUGUGCACCCAAGAGCGAUCCACUGACCUCACGGCUUCGCUCCCUGCGACCUACCAAGAAAAAGCAGCAGCGUCACACAUAUCAGACCCGCUCAGCUCAAGUCCGCCAACCUGGCAGCAGGAGUCGGAAUUCCAGCAACCGAAGAAACUCAGGCAGCCAUAUGGAGUCUGACAGUGAUGGAGACGCAGCAGAACAGGCAGAGCAAAGUAAUGCCUCUUCUGACGGUGAAGCUCAGUGGCAGAGUGAAAGCAGCUCCAGUGAUUCCUCCAGCGAAUAUUCUGACUGGACGGCCGACGCAGGGAUCAACCUCCAACCACCAAAACGACCGUCCAGGAGGCCUGUACCGCCGUCAGGUUACAGCAGCUCUGAGGAGGAAGAUGGAGGUGAUGAAGAGGCAAAGGAGGCUAAGAAGAGAGAAAGUGAGAAGAGGAAAAAGUCCAAGGAGACCAAACAGAAACCCACAUCCUCUCUGGCUGGACUGGACGCGGAGGAGUGGCUGCCAACGUCAUGGAUAAUGGAGACCAUUCCACACCGCUCUCCUUUUGUCCCACAAAUGGGAGAUGAGCUCAUCUACUUCAAACAAGGCCAUCAGGCCUACGUGCGGGCUGUUCGCAGAGCCAAGGCCUACAGCAUCAACCCUCAGAAACAACCGUGGAACAGACUCAACCUCAGGGACCAGGAAUCUGUAAAGGUGGUUGGAAUCAAGUAUGAAGUAGGACCUCCCACCCUCUGCUGCCUAAAACUGGCUUUCUUAGACCCAGUGUCAGGGAAAAUGACCAAUGAGUCGUUCUCUCUAAAGUAUCAUGACAUGCCGGAUGUCAUAGACUUUCUUGUACUGCAGCAGUUUUACAACGAGGCAAUGGAGCACAACUGGCAACAGGGCAUGAGGUUCCGCAGCAUCAUCGAUGACGCCUGGUGGUUCGGCUCUGUGGAGGACCAGGAGCCUCUGCAGCCCGAGUAUCCAGACAGCCUGUUUCAGUGCUAUGCAGUCAAAUGGGAUAAUGGUGAACGAGAGAGGAUGAGUCCCUGGGACAUGGAACCUAUUCCUGAGGAAGCUGCACUGCCAGAACAGGUUGGGGAUGGGGUGGAGGUUGCAGAGGAGGAGCUAAAGGCUCUGCUCUACACGCCUCAGGAAGGAGAAUGGGGAGCUCACACACGUGAUGAAGAAUGUGAGAGAGUCAUCCAUGGCAUUGAUCAGCUUCUCACACUUGAUGUCGCAAAGGCAUUUACAUUACCAGUAAAUCUGCGGGACUAUCCUCUGUACUGCACUGUGGUGUCUUACCCUACUGACCUCACUACGAUCCGCAAACGACUGGAGAACCGCUUCUACAGACGGAUUUCUGCAUUAAUGUGGGAGGUGCGCUACAUUGAACACAACGCCCGCACUUUCAAUGAACCUGAGAGCCCCAUCGUAGCAGCUGCCAAGGUGGUGACCGACGUUCUCCUGCACUACAUUGGCGACCAGAGCUGCACAGACAUCUUGGAUCUGCAUCACAAACUGAGGUGUGAGGUCAGCAGUGGAGGAGAAUUAGAGGCUGAGUUGGACAUCGACUCUGACACUCCAGGGACAUCUACAGGACAUCUAGGAUCCAACUCAAAUUCGAAGCGUGGUGUGGUUUUGGACGUGAAAGCCUGGCAAGGUCAAUGUCGAGACCUACUGCGACGAAUGAUCGUCUCGUCGGAUUCAGAGCCAUUCAGACAGCCUGUGGAUCUCUUUGAAUAUCCGGACUAUCGAGACAUCAUCGACACCCCCAUGGAUCUGGGUACAGUGUCAGAGACACUUGCCGCAGGGAAUUACGAAAACCCGAUGGAGUUCGCCAAAGACGUCCGCCUCAUUUUCAGUAACUCAAAGGCAUACACACCUAAUAAAAAGUCACAGAUUUAUACGUUGACCCUCAGCUUGUCGGCCUUCUUUGAGAAACACAUCAUCUCCAUCAUCUCCGACCACAAGUCUGCACUUCAGAAUGAGCGGCGGAAUCGUCAGAGGCUGAGUUACAGGGACAGACUACACAACGGAGGCACGACGCCGCCUGCCAGUCCAUCCUCAAGCUCAAAAGGGAAGCACAAGUCAGGGAAGAUGUCAAAGCCAAAAACAUCCCAGACCUCAUCCAAGAAUUCUUCUCAGAGAUCAUAUCAGGCUCAACAAAGCAGCAGUGUAGCAUCGGAAGAAGACACCCAGCCUUCUUCCCCAAGUUCAGGGACGAGUAGCGGGAGCAGAGACCAAGAGCCCCAUUCUGUGACUCACAGCCAAGCAACUCCGAUGAAGAAGUCAGGGCGACGGCAUUGUUUAAAUCUGAGCAACGGCUCCAGGCCACAGCCUGGGCAGGAGGUGCUGCAGUCAGAUGAAGAGGCAUCCGGAUCCAACAGCUCCUUGUCAGAGUCGUCUUCUAGCACGUCGUCGUCGUCGUCUUCUUCGUCAUCAUCUGACAGUGACAACAGCUCUGAUUCUGAGGAGAAGUACAUGGAAGGAGGAGGAGAUCAUGACUAUAGUAAAGCUCCCUGCUCUCUGACAGUACGGCCGUCUGCUGAGGGUAAACGGACAGCCUCGGGCAAAAGGAGACGCAAAGCUGAAGAGGAUGUGGUACAGAGGCCGAAAAGACUGCGAGUGCAGUUAUCUGUAAAGGAGGAGGAGGAAGAGGAUGAGGAUGAAGAGGAGGAGGAGGAGGAGGAAGAAGAAGAAGAAGAGGAGGAGGAGGAGGAGGAGGAGGAGGAAGAUGUGCAGCAACAGCAGGUGCAUGUAAGACAUGAGGAAGAUGAGGGAGAGGAGGAAGAGGAGCCUGAAGAUGAGGAGGAGGAGCCUGAGGAAGAGGAGCCUGAGGAAGAGGAGCCUGAGAAGGAACCGGAGUCGGAUGAUGACGACGAUGAUGAAGACGACAAAGAGGAGCAGAGUGGAGCAGCAGCUAGCAGUCUGACAGGCAACCAGAGCAAAUCUCGGAAAGUCAACACACGCAGCCAGGGCCGCAGGACAGUCCGGUACGGAGACGAGUUAGAGGACGAUGGUCAUGGGUCGAAGGAAGACCCUCUGAACCUGGGCAUGUCCCGUUCAGGGCGGGUACGCCGCAUGACUGAGAAGGCCCGUGUGAGCCACCUCAUGGGCUGGGGUCACUGACACGUGGCCCAUUUCCAAAACCUCAACACAACAUUUUGAGUUGUUUGAACACUUCAGGGAUUUUUGUUUUUCUUUUUUGUACAAGUGUAUAUAUAUUAUAUAUAUGAAAUAUAUAUGGGUUCUCUUUUUUUUUUUUUUUUCCUCUUCUUUGAAUCCAAGACUGCUUGUGACUCUGAAUCUGAUAGCUGGUGCUCACGACAUGCCAGGGAGUUUUCAUCCCUGGUGGACAAAACAGACUCUGCUGCAACUGGACUAUCUCACCUCAGCCUUACUGGACACUGGAGGAACCUUUUUAAAGGGAUAGUUCAUGUGGUUGUGUGAGGUCACUGACAUUAGUCUGUACACUAGUCAAUACUGACCCCUGCACCAGGAUCCAGCUGGAGACAAAGAUGCUUGCUCUCAUGGAGAACAUGUCAUAGGAUGUCUGUAAUAUCUUCACUUUAUCUUUAGCCUUUUGUUGGGUACAAGUUAGUUUUUUUGUUAUCAGUGAGAGCGAGUAUCCAGGUCCCAGGCUGGUUCACAGUAACACUGUUGCACUCAGAAGCUGAGUGACUGCACAGUCAGUGUUGAUAAUGUGUCAAUACUUCAUACAAUCACUCUCCAAAACUGAAUUAUCCCUUUAAGACACAUCACUGUCGAUCUCCUCCUCCUCCUCUGGUGCAUUUCAUAUCCAGAACUAAGACUUUGUGUCUGCUCUUCUUCAUCCCUUCCACAACUUUUCUUACUUCCUGUCACCAAAGAAGGAUGUGGAGAAGCCAAAAAAAAAAGUGGUGCUCAUAGAUGUAUGAUUUCUCAACAAGUGAUUCACUGGUGGUCACUAGUUCACAGCCACAGUGGAGGAUGUGCAGUAUCGGUCAUGGUCACUGGUGUCAAUAUCUUUGUUCUCUUUUUUUUUUUUUCUUUCCCCCCCCCCCACAACAAGCUUUAAAAAGCCUGAUUUAUACUCUGGGACGUGACAUUUGUGAAAUGUGUCAAAGGACAGAAAGUGUCACCAGACACCAAGCAAUGGGUGAUAUGAUUUAAAAUAUCGACAUAUUUUUAGUGAAUAUUUGAACGUGCAAAGAUGCGUCACUAUGGCAUGACUGCAUUCAUUUGACCUCAAUCAACUAAUCGGGAAUUCUUCAUGUCACGAUGCAUGACUUGUGUCACAGAUUGUGAUGGGUGGUCAUCUUCAGCUGUCAGGCCAAACCCCUUCUUCUCACCCCUGUGAUCAUUUAAAGUGACACACUGAUCACCUCCUGUUACCGGGAAGAUUGCCAAAAGAAGGGUGUAACGUGACCGAGUUUAAAUCAGGCUUGAGUCUUCAGAGCUGACAUGGUUUUCAUUGUCUGUGGCCGCAGUCUGACUCACCACUGUAGUUUGAGGAGUAGCAAUACUGAAGAGUCAGUGACCUGGAGAACAGCAUAGUAGUAAUAAUAAAUACAUCUCUUGACAUCCUUGGCCUGUGAAUGUUAAAUGUUUUCUCUGUUUCCUUUUCUGGAUUGAAUUGCUUUUUUGUUAGUCAGAAGUGGGUGAUUUAUUUUUCUUGUCUUGUGUAAAAAAGGACUCUGCAUCCUGUUUGUAUUUGUACAGUUUUUGUUUUUUUUCAGGCCCAAAUUCAUCCAUGGUUUCUUCCACAAAAACAAAGGGUUCUUCAACUGGCUUCAACACACAUAUUUAUUUUUUCAACUGUACUAUACCUGCUUUACUGGGCUGUUUUCAUGCAUUAAUGGUGAUGAGGGAAAGGAAAUAUUUUGCACAUUUAUCUAAUCCACAUGGCAGCUGAGUAAUAAACAUGUUAGGGAAAGGUGAAAGAGACAUGUGUGUGUUUUUAAAAAUGAUGUGAACUGUGCCAGCACACUCUCAAAUUAUUAUUUUCCUCUUUUUUUUCUUUUUUUUUUAACUUUGACUAUUUAAACAGGAUAUAACUUGAAACCACUUUGAACCUGUGUUCUUUCUUUUGGCCUAAAGCGAACGUAGCAACCACGUCUUUUUUUUUAGCGUGUUGAGCCAUUUUUUUCUUCUUGGGUAGAUGAACUACAUGCAUGUUGUUUUUCCAUGAUAUUCUACAAUCCGGUGUUUAGUUGGGGUCAAAUUCAUCGUCUUGGACGUUCUGAUUUUGUCUGUCCUUUCAUAAACUGAAUAACUCGAAUGUUGAUGAAAUUUAAAAGGUGCAGGUCAUGGCCCAUGGAAGAGAUGAUUAAAUGUUAUUGGUGAUCCAGUGAUUCCUUAACCAGUUGCCCAUGUAGAUCAGAAUGACACUGUGGGAAACUGAGCCGUCCAUGGUUCUAUAAACUCCCAGUGGAAUAAGAUCCUGUUUUGUUUUGCUUUGUUUUUGGUUGCACCGAUAAAGUUUAUUUCAAAGCUUCCGUGAUAAACCAGAAAAGAUUGACAAUGAAAAGUUCUCGUUUCAACACUUGGGUGCUUCAAAAACAACUUUGUCACCGCUCUGCCUGUGUGUGUGUCUGUGUGUGUGCUCUCUGACAGCAGAGAAAGGCUCCCAGGUCAGUUUAGUGUCAGGUGCUUCGUAAUAAAAAACAACACGGUGUCUAAAGUGCUUCAAGGGGCAACAUGAAGACCAGGGUGAGAGGACUCUGACAUGUGGGGAUCUUAUUUUCAUAGAUGGCCUGUAGUUGUUGCCUCAAAUACAACAUUAAUGUUCUACUCUAGGUGGAAUAAUGACUCUGUAUGUGACUUGUCUUUUCUACACAAUGUUUUGAUUGUAUUUUUUUUAAUAAAAUGUAAAAUCAUCGUAAA